CGCGUAAGAAGCACGCGGAGUGAGUUUGUGGAUGAAGAUUCACUUGAGAAGAGCAGAAAUAGAAACAUGGCGGCAGCAGCAGGAACAGUAACUCAGGGGCCAGAAACUGCGCUCGCUCAGAGACUCGCCGCCAACGAGAAGUCUGUUAGGACUAAAGCCUUAAAGACUCUAAGGAAGUACAUUAAUUUGCGCUCUCAGAGAGAAGGAGGUGGUUUCACAUGUGAAGAUUUAAUGAAAAUAUGGAAAGGACUUUUCUAUUGCUUGUGGAUGCAAGACAAACCGCUUCUGCAGGAGGAACUUUCAGACAGAAUAUCUGGCCUGAUCCAUUGCUUCCACACAGCUGACAACCAGCUGCUGUACUUUGAAACCUUUCUUCAGACUCUGAAGAGGGAAUGGAAUGGCAUUGAUAGACUUCGCAUGGAUAAGUUCUACCAGCUGGUUCGUUUUGUGUUCAGACAGGCCUUUGAAGUUCUCAAGAGGAGAGAAUGGGACACCAGUGUGGUAAAUCAGUUUUUAGAGGUGUUUACAGCACAGCUUUUACAAAGCACCGGACGUGUUCCAGAUGGCCUGAUGUUACAUGUCCUUGAGCUGUACAUGACUGAAUUAGCUUGGGUCGGGGCUGCAGAGCUAACAGCAGAACAGAACUUGACUUUUAUUGACCCUUUCUGCAAGACCAUGGCCAAAACCAAAGAUCGCUCAGUGUUGACUUCCAUCUCCAAAAACGUCUUCUCCGCUGUAGUGGACCAUGCUUCCUAUGCUGUGGAGGACCUGAUAAAGGAGUUGCGUUGUGGAGAAGAUACAGACUCUGGCCAGGCUUCUGAGGAUGAAGAGGAAAGUGUAGAAGAUGAACCGAAUAGCAGAGUGUUCAAGAAAGUUAAAGGGAAAAAGGUCAAUGGUGUCCCAGAUGCAAAGGAGAGUGAUGAGGGCAGUGAGGAUGAACUUCUGGAUUUGGAUGAUGUAGAUCCUAAGGAAAAGCUGAGUGAUGGCGACAUUGGACCUGUUUUGCAGUUUGACUACAGCGCUCUAGCUGAUCGUCUUUUUGAGCUGGGCAGUCGCACGAAUACACCAAACCUCAACCGAACCAAAAUGUACAGGCUGGUGAAGAUAUUCAGUGACUUAAGUGAAGGUGUCUUCCCGCAGGAUGAAGAUGUAGUUGUGCAAAAGGAAGACAAAAAGAAGAGAAGAUACAAGGCUGAGGCAGCUGAGGAAGAAUCUGCUGCCAAAAAGCACAAAGCUUGUGAAGAUGUGCAGAAGAGGGAACCAGAACAGGAUGAUGCAAUAAAUGAUGGCAGAGGAAUAAAUAAAAAGAAGAAAGAAAAGCAGAAACAUGAAGAUGGGCAAACUGCACGACUCAAGAUGGAAACAGACACACACACAUCACAGACUGCAGUAGAGACUCCAUUGAAGGCAGGAGGAACCCCAGCAGGGCAGAAUAAGAAGGAAAAGAAAGGAAUAGGAACAUCUGUUACUGUGUCUGGGGUUGUUGUAGAUCUGGAGAGCCAGUCCUUGGUAAUGGGGAACAAGCCAGGCUCUCAAAGCGAAUUAAAGGCCAGUGCCAGGAAUAACAGGAAAAGUAAAAACCUUAAGUCAGAAUUACAGGAAUUUGGGGAAGAAAAAGCUGCUGAACAUGAAGAUGCUGAUAACAAUUGCCACACAAACACUGAAGUCACAAAGUGCCCUGGUCCUGACAAACUGGAAGACGUGGACAGCGAAGCACAAACAAAACUUAGCGGAAGGACAAAAAGUGGAAAGAAAGAUAAAAGAAAUAAUGGUGAGGAACCAAGCCCAAACCAGUGCACGCUGAUGAAUGUCUUACACAUGAGAAACGUCAGUGCUUCUGCCCCAGCAAAGAAGAAGCAGAAGAGUCCAACAGUACAUGAAGAAAUUGCAGCUGAAAUUGGACCAGAUGUUAAAGCAUUGGAUGAGAAGCCAGGAGAUUCAAGUUUGUCACUUGUUGAAAAAAAUCUUGCUGAGUACCCUGAAGAUGGUAUUUUGAAGAAAAAGAAAAAGCAGAAGAUAAAGAAAGCCACGGAGGAAGAAGACAAAGCAGGGAUAGAUGAUGUACAAAAUAUUGACAAAGUACCGAAGGAAAGAAACACAUCUAAUGUAACAACGGAUAAUGCUUCAGCCACCAUCAUCAUUGAUGCAACUAAUGCAGAAGAGCAGAUGUCAGAUGCUUCUACAACGAAGAAAAAGAACAAGAAGCAAAAACUGAAAGAAAUUUCUGUAGAAAUCAACCAGGUUCACCUAGAGGUCAAAGAACCUGAGGUGGCUAGUGAUCCCACCGGUGAAGGUCAAGCCUCUGAAGCCAAGGCACUGAAGAAAGAAAAGAAGACAACAAAACAGGAGUCAUCAGAGGAGAAGGAACUUGAUGCUGAAGCUGAGGUAGAGGCUGCUUGUACAAUGCUGAGGAAAAAGAAAACCCAGAAAAAACAAAAAAUGCAGUUGGUGGGUCUGACAGUAUAUGUGAAAGAAGAAUGUCAAUCUGUAGAAGCCAUAGGGGAACCAGUGCUGAAAAAGAAGAGUAAACAGAAGCUGAAAGCUGCAGCAGAAAAUGGCUGUAGUCCUACCACUCCAAUGAAAAAGGGUAAAAAGAAAAGGAAGAUGCAGGCAGAAGUGGAAACAUCUGAGAUAAAUGGACACACUGUGAAGGAUCCUGAGAUUGCAGCUUCUGUAACGCCCAAAAAGAAGCUAAAGAUGAAGAACCCCUCAUCCAAAUCUGACUUUGUCUUCUUUCAGGGUCAAACAAAAGCCCCCUCUCCACUCUUCUGUAAAGUUAAAACUAAAGGCAGCCCCAGUACACCUUUGUCCAGCGUCAAGGUCAGGUUCCAAGCUUCUUUAUCAUUCCCUCCAAGAGCCUUGUAUCAGACAUUCCAGACUUCAAAGUCAGAAACUAAAAAAGUUACCUUCGGACUCAAGAACAACAAAACAACUGAAUUCAGGAAGACGGAUCAUAGUUUGUUGGUGAGUCCUGUCGGCUCAUCCCGUGUGGCAUUUGACCCUAAAAAAAGACCAACGUGCAGUGUGCUUAAGUCACGUGCUUCCUUUCCAUUUGUCAGUGUGGAAAAACCCACAGCCAAGAGAAGACCAACAGCAGCAGAUUUUUUCUAAGAACGGAGAACUUUUGAAUCUUUUUAUGCUAUGUUUAUAUUAUAACGUUUAUAUCUGCAUUGCUGUUUUUCUUAAGGAAUGUUAUUUAAAGCCUCAAAUGUUUGUUUGAUAUGUGAUUGCCAAUUGUUUGUUCUGAUUAUUUUUGUUAUUUGGCAGUAAUGUCAAUGCAUUUGGCAGCAUUACCAUAUGACAGAAAACCUGUUUAAAAGUCAUCCGAUCUAAACAGGUGUUAUUUUUAGUUUCUUGUAUGAAAGAGGUUUUCUGAGCACAGGUGAGCCUAGAGUUAGGGCUGCAACAAACCGUCGUUAUCGCAACAAAACCAAUGUGUCUCUGAAAUAGUAACUUUUUCAGGAGAAGGAAAAAAAACGUCCUUAACAUUAAAUGGGGGUUCAUUGAACAAGAUUUGUUUUGAGCAAUUUUUGGAGCAUUUGUUCCAUUUUUCAUGAAAUUUAAAGACAGCUUUAAAAGUAAAACGCAACUCAUUUUCGUAUUCUGUAAAAAAUAAAUAAUACAAAAACAUUGGUACAGUUUUUUGUUCUGAUAGCGAUUAUGCAUUUGAUAAUAUUCUAUAAAUGUAAAAGUUAAAACAUUCAGAAAUUUGAAUGACAUUUACUAGGCACCAGGCACCUCAGACUGCACUGCUAAUUAAAGCUGGUGUGGCUGUGUGCAGUGUGUGCUUUGGUUACAGAGCAAAAAGUUGUUCUCUUUGUUGUAAAGAUGUGGUUUCUGCUCUUCUUGAUUUUCGAAGAGGAAGGGUUUACUGCAGGCUUAAUCCAUCCCAUACCGAUCAAUGUGCAUAGCACCCUGUUUGUAAGAUAUUUAGUUUACAAAUUAGGUUUUGUAAUUUUGUGUCUUUUGUGAGUUUGGUAAAGUGAGAGUUCACUGUCUCAUCAGUCUAAUGUUUGGAAUACUGGCACCUCAGAUGGUAAACAUGAUUUACAGAUAGUUAAAAAAUGCUCAAAACUUGUUCACAAACAAAUGUUCAAAAAUGUUAAAAGUAAAUGCUGUGUACUGUUUAACAGUAAGAA